UCUUUGCUCCCGCUGCACGUGUAGUUUUCAUGGCCCCAUGGCAUCUGCCUCAUCGCAGCCAGUGACCAUGAAUGCCAAGCAGGCCAAGGUGGUCCUGGCCAAGGUGAUCCAGGCAUUUUUAGCCCCAGAGAAUGCCGUACAAAUGGAUGAGGCCUGGGGCAACUUGUGCAAUGACAUAGGCAAGAUGCUGCAGUUCGUGCUGCUGGUGGCCACGCAGAUUCAGCAGGAGGUUAUCAAAGCCUAUGGCUUCAGCUGCAACAGGGAAGGUGUCCUGAAGUUUUCCCACUUGGUCAAGUCCUAUGAAGCCCAGGACCCUGAGAUUGCCAGCCUGAAGGCUCUGUUCCUGCCACCCAUGGUGACACUGGAGGCAGCAUGGCUGCCUCCUGAGGGUUAG